CGAGAGAUGUUGAAGAUCGUCCGAAACAAAAUUUGAAAGGGAAAAUGAAAAUGAGGAAUUGCAACCUCUGUUUUUUCACCAUCAGUAUGAUGCUCAUCUUCUUGAAGUUGCAGCACCACCUGGUGGCUUCUUCAUUAAGCCCCCACUUGCAGAAACUUGCCUUGUUUCACCUUAAGCAAAGCUUCACAAUCACUCCUCCUCGCUUCCCUUGCUCCUAUUAUUCCUACGAAGAUAAUGAGGGGUAUGAAAUUCCUUCUCGGCCAAAGACAAUGAGUUGGAGCAUGAGUACUGAUCACUGCACAUGGGAUGGAGUUAGCUGCGACAACAAGACAGGGGAUGUUAUCGGACUGGAUUUAAGUUGCAGUCAGCUGGAAGGAGCCAUUCUUCCUAACAGCACUCUCUUCCAACUCUCUCAUCUCCGCUUCCUCAAUCUUUCUCAUAACAACUUUUCCCUCUCCAGUCAGUUCCCUCCGGAAUUUGGUUUCUUUGCAAAAGGUCUGACGCAUCUCAACCUCUCUAAUAGUUAUUUAUCAGGGAGAGUUCCCUCUGGAAUCUCUCAUUUGUAUAAACUAGUCUCACUUGAUCUCAGUGACAAUGAUGGGACUAAACUUGAAGAAGAAGUAUUUAAAUCAAUGUUGCAGAAUUUAACGCAUCUCGGAGUGCUUAAUCUUAAUAACGUUAAUAUCUCCUCUAUUUUUCCCGUGAAUAUCUCUACUUCUUUAAGAGUUCUUCAAUUGUUGUAUACUGGUAUACACGGAGUAGUACCCCAAGAGGUUUUCCACCUUCCCAACUUGGAAUUACUUGAUUUAUUAUAUAAUUACGACCUGAGAGCUACAUUACCCAAAGUUAAGUGGGGAAGUAAAGCUACCCUCCAACACCUUCAUCUUUCAGAAAUCAACAUAGAUGGAGGUAUACCUGACUCAAUAGACUUUUUAAAGGACUCAUUAGUCAGUUUGUAUCUGGGCGGCUGUAAUUUGUCUGGGCCUAUACCAAGAUCCAUUGGGCACCUCGUUCAACUUACUCAGUUGGGCCUCCAUGAUAAUAAUCUCAAUGGCCCAAUUUUAACUUUUUUUACCAACCUUACAGACUUAAGAUAUAUCUACCUUGAAGGUAACAAUUUUACGGGUCCGUUUCCCUCUUUUCUUGCCCACUCCAGUAAACUAGUUGUGUUGCAUAUUGAGAGUAAUAGCUUUACUGGAUCCCUACCUCGUUCGUUGUUUCACCAUCCAUCCUUAGAGUACUUGUUUCUGGAACUUAAUGCAUUCACGGGUCCACUACAUGAAUUUGAUUCUUCUCGGUCCCGGCUGCAAUAUUUUUCUUGUUCCAGCAAUUUACUCAAUGGAUCCAUUCCACAUUCAUUUUCUCAACUUGUCAAUCUCACUGACCUAGAUUUGUCUUCAAACAAUUUCACCGGGGUUUUGGAUUUGGAAAUGUUUUCAGGCCUCGAAUUUCUAGAACGUCUUGAUCUUUCUGAUAACAGUCUUUCAGUGACAAGUACAAUCAGUGGCACUCUCCCUCCUACGCUUAUAUACUUGGGCUUGUCAUCUUGCAACAUGAAAGAGUUUCCUCGCUUUUCAACAGAUGCAAACAUCUUCCUGGAUUCUAUAGACCUAUCAAACAAUAAAAUUGAAGGGGAAAUUCCACACUGGAUUGGGUCGCUGGGGUUGUCCUAUCUGAAUCUUUCUCACAACAAACUAAUAGGCGGUCUUGAGCAACUGCCUUGGGGUUAUAUUAAUUAUCUUGAUCUCCAAGACAAUAAGCUGAAUGGAUCGUUGCCCACCUUGAUGUGUAAUUCCAGCUCUCUUGAGAUUCUAAAUCUCUCUCACAACAAUUUGAGUGGUGUACUCCCCAUUUGUCAUACAAAUUUGACUCAGCUUUCGGUGUUGGAUCUGCGGAGGAAUAAAAUUCAAGGAAACAUUCCAGCAACCUUGUCAAAUUUCCAUAAUCUGGAAACCAUUAAUAUGAAUGGAAACCAAUUACAAGGAAGCAUUCCUUCUUCAUUUGCUGAAUUUGAUUCUUUAGCCGUUCUUGAUCUUGGAAAUAAUCAGAUAAAUGAUACAUUCCCCCGGUGUUUGGAAGCUCUUCCAAAUCUCCAAGUUCUUGUUCUCAAAUCUAACAAGUUUUGUGGUCUUAUAAACACGAGUUCUAAGAUUGUACACCCAUUUCCUAGCUUGAGAAUCAUUGAUCUGUCGGACAAUGAGUUUUCAGGUCCACUGCCAGCAAAAUACUUCAGAAACUUCAAGGCUAUAAUGAAUAGUGAUGUAAGCAAAAUAGAUCGUAGUUAUAUGAAUCAUAGUUUCUAUUACAGUGAUUCCACGGCUCUGGUGAUUAAAGGAGUAGUCAUAGAGUUGGUAAAGAUAUUAACUAUUUUUACAACCAUGGAUGUGUCAAGGAACCAGUUUGAAGGGGAGAUUGUAGAAUCAAUUGGAAAUCUGGUGUCACUUAGAUAUCUCAAUUUAUCACAUAAUCAUCUCAGAGGCCACAUACCACGGUCGAUUGGAAAAUUGACUGUGCUGGAGUCACUAGACCUCUCAUCCAAUGAACUUGAAGGAGAAAUUCCUCCGCAACUCACUGGUUUAUAUUCACUUGCAGUUCUAAAUCUUUCUUGCAACCAACUUAGAGGCCGUAUACCAGAAGGGUCACAAUUCAAUACGUUUGAAAUCUACAGCUACGCCGGGAACUUUGAAUUGUGUGGAAAACCCUUGUCAAAAAAGUGUGAAAAUUAUGUGAGGGUACACAAAGAAGACGAAGAAGAUGAGGAUGAAUAUUACUUUUUCAGUGGUUUUACAUGGGAAGCGGUGGUGAUUGGAUAUGGGUUUGGAGUGGUGCCUGCAUUUAUCGCCGGGUACUUGAUGUUGCUGGCACGGAAACCAAAAUGGUUUGCUGGAAUCAUUGGCAGGGAAUUGGGCCUCAAGAUCAGGAGGAUGGAGAUUAGAAUGCGAUAACUACAGAUUCAGAUGGGACAAGCAGGAUUCAGAUGCAUUGCAUUGGAUUCAGAUGGGACAAGCAGGAUACAAGUUAUGUAGUAUUGUUUUGUUCCAGCUCUUAUCUGAUCUGCAAUCAAGUUAAUGAACCACUACCUCAGUUGUUAAGCAUCUUUCAGCAUUUUAAUUUUACAACUCACAAUAAAAGAUUACAUGUGUAUUAAUCUGAUCAUCAUUGGUUUAGAUCAAUAUAGAAGUUCGGCUUUGUUUAUUUCUAUCCCGGGCUCCUCAUUUUUAGAACAUAUUUGUUGAUACUUUUUAUGGAACGGUUAAGAAUAUUCCAUAGAUUUUUAUAUUCAGUGCUAGAUGAUUUUAUGUCCUGUUUUCAUUCCAAUUUCCGUUCAUGAACUAAUUAAAAAUCUGAAAGUGGGUCAUAUCUGGCAGUGAUGCCCACCUUUCUGGACCUGAAUUUCAUGACCACACAAACUCCAAUUCUGCCCAAAAAUUGCAGCUGUUUCGUAAAAUAUUUUUACGUGCUCUUUUGUUUGGACUUGUUUGCUGGACCAUGCAUAUGUUUUGAUACAAACAUCUUCGUGUAUGUUAACACUCUUGUGUCAGUUUCUGGACUCAUUGUUAGUAGCCCAUUCUUUACGGCAGACAUUGAAUUGGAUUUACUUGAAGAAAUGAAGGUUUAAGAAAGUUGAGAACAAUUUGUUGAUAAUUUCCUUCCCUAGAAACUGCACUCCAGCAUCAAAGUACCUUUCAAAGACUCCAGACAUCAUCUCUUGAUUAUCGAAGACUUGGUCUUGCAUAUACUGAUAUACAGUGAAUAUAGAUUUCUUUCAUUUCCUUGAAAUUGCAUUUUUGGAAGUAGCUCUCCAGACUCAUUCCCGUCACUUCUUAAAGUCUUAUUCCUCCUCAAUACUACAUACACGUAAUAUCACACCACUUUGCUCAUGCUCAGAUGGGUUUUUCUUACAAACCACAUAUGUUCACUUCUCAGAGUCUUAGUCCUCGUCAAUGUAUAGAGAUAAUAUCUCACCAUUUGCUAGUGCUACAAAUGGGCUUCUCCUACAACCACACAUAAUCGGAGAAAAGUCUGUCAAGUGUCAAGUGGACUUGAAAGACCCUUGUGCAUGGAUUAUUGUAUGUCAUGAAUGCCUUCUGAUAUCCCUGAAAGUGCAAGCAAGUUAUAAAAGUAGCUGGGCAGACUCUUUCUCAUCAAUACAUUCACAUUUAAAGCGGGCGUUGAUAUGCCUCCCUAAUUUUCUAAUGCCCUAGACGGAAUUCUAUUACAAUCCACAUAUGAUGGGUAGCGAUCAUCAAUUCAAAGAAGAGACUAUCAGCAGCUUGCAGGAAAUGUCCCCUCUGCAUGGAUUAUCGAAGAAAGGAACUUAUACCUAUAAAGAUGUAGAAAACCAAUGGUAAGCAUAACUGCAUAUAAGAUACAAAACUAAAUUUAAUACAAGACUCGUUCUGAGCAUUGGAAAAUAUAAUUCAUCCUGGUCUUCGUCUUCUACUUCUCCAAAUAUGCUUUUAUUGCAGCCAAUGUAUUAGUGAAAAGAAUUAAAUUUAAAUUAAUUGUAGACCGCAAAUAUAAGAUUAGGAGAGUUUCUACAACCCACAAAUUAGUAGACAGACUAAUAUGGUUAGUUGAGACCAUCAAUCUGGAGAAACUGUUUCUACAAUGACCCAUAUGUAUGAAUUAUUGAAGAAAGAAACUUAUACCUACAAUGUAAAGGAAAUGGUCACGAGUAUAUUGCAUUUUUAAUCCAAAUUGUAUAUGA